GUAUGCACUAACAUUGUCUAGUACACUCUCUAGUAGAGAUCGUGGUUGAGAUAGCUGAUGUAGCGAUGGUGUACUCGUGCACACACGCACGCAAAAAGGAACAACCGAUUGAAGUAGCUUCAUGCGCAUAUUUCAGGCCAUUGCCUGCUUUGUUCAGGGGGGAGGUUCCCGUGUGUCGGGGCACAGUGAAAAACGUAGUAUCGUCUUUUCGUUUUCCGGCGCGGAGCGUUGAGUACGCUCUGGUGUUCUCGCAUCAAGUGUCGUCAAGCUAGCUUGUUUUCAACCCUCUGGUGAUGCAUGGCGAGAGCGCUUCGAGUUCAAACAUGACAUUAGCCACACGUGGUGAUGCGUCCGAAGAAACACAUUUCGGCUUCGGUUGGCGAUGCUUUAAGGAUGUUUCAGCGUCAUCAGACCAAGUUACGGUGUUGCGAAUGGACAUUGCCGGCGAGGAAACCGCUGGCGAGUGGGUGAAGCGCUACAGCGCUGCGACUCUUACUCAGUGGUGUGUCUACAGCGUGUCCAAGGAAGAGAAGUGCCAGAAAAUGGUGUACCACAAGACAUGGCGUUGUCACCUUCAUGGUCGAAAGAAGGUGUCCACAGGCUGCACUGCCAUGAUUGAUGUAAAAAUAAAGAAAGUAAACAGGAAUACAAAGAAAAAUGACAAAUACCUUCGGUGGGAUCCACCACUGUGCGCUGUCGUCAGGUUGGCCCAGCAGCACAAUCAUCCUGUGGAGAGCGCUGAUGCCUUGCGGCUUCUGCGCUGCAACGAUGACACAAGGGCCCUUUUCUACGGGUAUUUUUCCGAGGGCUUGACACCGUUGGAGGCUAUGCGGCUCCACGAGGGUCUUUUGGCUGCCGAGUGUCCCGAGUACCUUGUGCAUUUGACCAGUGGUGCCUCUAACCCGAAGGCAAGGACUGUGUACUACCUUUAUAAAAAGUGGCAGCAAGAGCACCAUGGUGCAGUCAUUGAGCCGUUCACAAAGUUGCGGGAAAAAGUUUCCAAGUACUUGGAACAAGGUGUUGAUGUGAGAAUCUGCAAUGGAGAAGACUCUGGUUCUUGGGCAGUUCUCGUGGUGACUGCGGUAAUGCAACGCGCUCAACUGCUCGAGUCAUCAUCUGAGACCAUUUUCAUAGACUCAACCACAUCCUGUGACACAACUCACAGCACUGUGACUGUGAUGAUGACUGCUACGGCUGCUGGUGCUGUGCCAAUUGGUGUUGUGAUUCACAACACCCAAACAACUGAGGGCUAUGCAAAUGCCUUUCAGCUCUUCAAGAGUGCCUAUCCGCUCUGCUUCGGAGGUCUUGAUAAACCGGGUGCUUUCAUGACCAACAACAGUGCAGCACAAAAGGCAGCACUGCGAGAAACGUGGCCUGAAGUGAGACAGCUACUCUACCAUUUCCACAUGGCUCAAUCGGAAUGGCGUUGGCUUACAAUGGCCAAGCACAGUGUCAGCCCAGAACAAAGAAAGCAACUCUUAGCAGUUUUCCAGAAGAUCAUGUAUGCUGACACACCAGAGCUGUUGGAGGUGGCCAAGGAGGAGCUCCACUGCCAGGGACAUGCUGGUUAUAUAGCCCAUGUAGAGACGAUUCUUGAAAAUGAAGAGGAGUGGGUGCUUCUCUUCCGGCUAAACAUGAAGACAAGGGGACGUGAUACGAAUAGCUACUCAGAGGCAUCAGUCCGGGUCCUGAAAGACAUUGUUUCAUACCGAACAGAGGCAUUUAGUGUUGUUGCACUUGUCGAAUUUGUGGCCGUUGUCUUUGAAAAAUACGUCCAAGACAAAAUAUGGCAGCAUGCAACCCAGCAAGUGGCUGACCACAGGCUUUUUUAUGAAAGCCCGCUGACAAUAUUGCCAGAAGAAGCACAGCCACUUGUCGUGCAUGUUGGCGACGAUCACUACACAGUCUCAAGUUGCACCAAAAAAGAAAAAUCGUAUGAUGUAUUUGCUCAAAUUGGAUUGUGCUCGUGCCGUUCUGGACAACAGGGUGCAUUCUGCAAACAUCAGGCACUUAUUUUCAAGAUGGUUGGCGCCACAUUCCCUAAUGCCCCAUUGCUGAGCAAAGGAGGACGCCAUGAACUAGGUUGGCUGGCAUUCGAUAAAGAAUGUCCCAACAUUCAUAUUUUUGACACCUCCCAGAGCCAUAGCGUUCAGCCAGCUGGCCUGCCUUUAGAUGCUCCUGCCACAAGCCCAGCACCCCCACCAGAACUGGCAAGCCCUGGCCCUUCAAGUCAAGCAUCGCUAGCAACUCAGUCAGUGAAUGAGGAGCCAAAUUAUUUCCAUAGCUUGGCGAUGUCAUUCCAGCGGCUCGAAAGUCUGGCUGGCGAUGAUCCCACAUGCCAGAUGUAUGCAGCAAAACUUUCCAAGCAGCUUGAAAAGGUCACAAACAAGGAGACCUUGAAGGAUGUCAUGAUGACGAUGAGUGCAGCUGUGUGCAGGGCUACCAAGCGCCGAAUGAAAACCUGUGUACGGCCCACAAGCACGAUGGCUUGGGCUCAACGACGGCUUGAGCUUUCCAGGCGACGGCUUGGGCUCAACAGGGGCUGUAAGCAAGUGCCCUCACGAAGGCCACCAAAGAUCUCAGUGCCAAAGCUACCCAGGCACACAGAUUCGCAGCACAUGAGUGUAGAAUAGGCCUUCUAAUAGAUGACAUGUGCAAUGUUGUGUAUACAGGGUGCCACAACCAUCAUGCACCAGGUUUUACAAAAGCACUAAUUAUUCUACAUGAAUAUGAGCAAGUACAUUUUUAGAUUCUUGUUAAAAAAUUGCCAAUGAAUUUUUAGUUGCUGACAUUCAAUUAGCAAGCUUUUUAAUUGUUUUAAUUGUAAAGGUGUCAGUGACGGGCUCGGCGAGUACUGUAAAACACAUAAAAAUGACAUGUUCCCGGCACCGGCAAAGUACACAUCGCCUGUUUACUUUUAUGGGCACAUGCAGUAAAUAAAUAAAUGGAAAUGAAAGUGGAUGAAAAAGAAACUGCCCAGGUGGGAUACAAACCCACGUCUUUGAAUUACGCAUGCGAUGCUCUUACCAAUUGAGCUACCACGGCGCCGUUCUCCUAUCCACUUUUAGGGGUGUUUGGGGUAUUUCUGUAGUCGUGACAUCUGCGGCAAAAAGGAUGUUCCACAUCUGCCGCCAACGUUUGAGAGUUGUGGCACUGGCUAACACUCCUAGGGUUAGUUCUAGUAGUUCUAGUAGUAAAACAAAUACCCCAAAAUGUGGAUGGGAAAACGGCACCGCGGUGGCUUAAGUGGUCAGAGCAUCGCAUACGUAAUGUGAAAAUGGGGGUUCCUAUUCCAUCUGUGGCCAGUUGUUUCUUCAUUCACUUUCAUUUCCAUUCUUUUAUCAUUUCUUUUAUUCAGUUAGUAAGUACAAGUAGUUUCCCCCUAUCUUGUGUUUGGCGUCUUUGUUG